AUGUUCGCGCGCCGCCCGCCCGCCCUCGGCCCGCGCUGCGCUCCGGGUCGGGGCCGGGCGGGCCGGGCGGGCCGGGCGGGGGGCCGCGCCGGGCCGGGGCCGGGACGGGGCCGGGGGCGCACGACAGCCCGCGCGCACCCGGCCGGCGCGUCCACACAAAGCGGGGCGCGCGGAGCAGGGCCGCGCCGGGAGCCGCCCGCCGGCCCCGGGGCGCAGGGCGCGAGUGUGCGCGGGGCCGGGCCGCGCGCGGGACACAAAAGGGAAUGGACGCGCGGGGGCGGCGGGCGGGGAGCCGCGGCCCCACCGAAGGGACCCCCGGCCGCCGAGCGGCCUCUACGUCAGCGCCCCGGGUGGCGCCGCCUCCGCCCGCCGGCCUGGGCCGCCGCUCCCGCCGAGGGAAGGCGGGCCGGGGACCGCGGGGAGAAGACUCCAGCAGUGCCUGGGACGUGCUCAGCAUCAGCUCUAGGCGGCGACCACUGCACCGUCCGCACUUGCAGGGACACUUCGGCACUGCUGCUCCACAGACAGGUAUACAGGACCAAUGGGAGUCCUGGGGAGGGGGGGACUCCUGCCAUUCUCCAGAAAACGCAGGCUGGAAGCAGUGAAAUGCCUCCCAGAGGAGGCAGCUGGCUGACCAGGGGGAGGAGUGGGCUGGGAGCCCAGACUCCCCCGGGCGCCUGGCCAUCCUGCCCUCCUGGUCUGUACGUGUCCACGGCCUCUGCGUGUGUCCGCAGAGAUGCUUUCCUGUUACUCCAGGCUGUUCGGACGCUGUGGGCCAACUCCAGACGAAAGUAAGGGCCCAUGUGGGUGCCAAAUGCUCCUUUGUUGGGCUUCCCCAUUCUCACCCCCCAGAAAGCCCUCCUUUUCUGAGUCCUCACUCACUGCGCUGAGCGCCUGCUGUGUUCGCAGUUUGGUAGCAGUCCCAUCUCCUGUGCAGCUCCUUUUGCUGUCAAGGGGGACAGUGACACACGCCCCACAGUGCCCUGGGGACCCAGGCCUGGAGCAGGCCAGGUCACACAGGGAGGGGGAGCACAAGGGGCUGGACCCAAGGCCCCAGGAAGCAGGGGCAGUGGCCUUGAAAUGAGGUGUCCCCCAAGCUCUGGCCCUUUCACAUGGUCUGCUCUUUGCCUCCACGCCCACCGAGUCCACCCCACUCCUGAGUCUGUGUAUAAGCAUCAAGACCACCACCCACCCGAGUGGCCAGGGAUGCUGCUGGGGUAAGAGGAUGGGCUCCCCAGAAGCAUGCCCCCCCACCCUCCACCCGGCUGCCCCAAGGAAGCACAGCCACAGCAUGCACCCCGCAUCCCCCAGCCAGUCCCAAGCGUGAGACACGUAUUAUUCACCUUAUUGCCCAAUGGAAAAACAGCACGUUCCAGGCCCUGCUGAUUCACUCCCUCUCGACAAAAUAUACUGAACGCUAGCGCAGCCUUUUCUUUUAAUUGUGGUAACAUACACAAGAUGAAACGUACCAUUUUGACCAUUUCUGAGUGUACGGUUAUGUGGCAUGAAGUAAGUUCACACUGUUUGCAGCCGCCAUCAUGCACCUCCGCCAAGUUUUUCACUGUCCCACCAGUAAACACUAACCCCCAUCACUACUCCCCCCGGCCCAGGCACCCACCAGCUACUUCCUGUCUCUAUGAACUUGACCACUGUAGGGACCUCAGAUAAGUAAGUGGAAUCCUACAGUAUUUGCCUUCUUGUGACUGGCUUACUUCACCUGGCAUCAUGUCUUCGAGGUUCAUCCAUGUUGUAACAUGUGAGAGUUCCCUUCCUUUUUAAGACUAUUAUUUCAUUGUGUUUAUGAUCCAUGUUUGAUUUCUCCAUUCAUUGUUGAAGGACACUUGGGUUGUUCCCACGUUUUGGAUGUUGUGAAUAAUGUUGCUAUGAAUGUGGGUGUGCAAAUAUCUGUUCAUGUCCCUGCUUUUACUUCUUUUGUGUGUAUACCCAGAAGUGAGAUUGGUGAAUCAUAUGAUAAUUCUAUUUUUAACAUUUUUAAGAACAUGCCAUUUUCCACAGCUGCUGCACCAUUUUAUAUUCCCACCAACAGUGCACAAGUGUCCCAAUUUCUCCACAUCCUCGCCAACACUUGUUAUUUUCUGUAUGUAUGUGUGUGUGUGUGUGUACAUGUGUUGAUUAUAGCUGUCCUAAAGUAGAUGAAGUGAUAUCUCAUUGUGGGGUUUUUUUUUUUUUUGAAGUAAAAAUUCUUAAUUUCUCAAUGUAUAGUUCAAUAUGCUAGUUUUUGAUGGCAAAAAUUUGGUUCCACUGAAACUCUGAUCACUGUGGUUUUGAUCUGCAUUUCCCUAAUGACUGAUGAUGUUGGGGAUCUUCUCAUGAGUUUAUUGGCCAUCUGUACAUCUUCUUUGGAUAAAUGUCUAUUUGAGCCCUUUCCUUAUUUUGAUUUGGGUUGGGUUUUCUUGUUGUUGAAUUAUAGGAGUUCUUUAUAUAUUCUGGAUACUAAUCUCUUAUCAGAUUGGUGAUUUGCAAAUGUUCUCACAUGCUGUCAGUUGUCCUUGCACUCCAUGAUGAUGUACUCUGAUGCACAGACGGUUGUAAUUUUGAAGAAGUCAGGUUCAUCUAUUUUGUUUUCUUUUGUUGCCCUUGCAUUUUGAUGUCACAUCCAAAAAACCAUUGCCAAAUCCAAUGUCAUGAAGAUUUCAUCCUGUGUUUCCUCCUAAGAUUUUUAUAGGUUUAGGUUUAGGCUUUUGAUCCAUUUUAAGUUAAUUUUUGAGUUGAGGUAAGGGUCAAUGUCAUGCUUUUGCAGGUGGACAUGGAGUCUUCCCAGCACCAUUUGUUGAAAGCACUGUCCUUUCCUCAUUGAGUGAUCAUGGCACCCUUGUCAAAAUCAUUUGACCAUGUGGGCAAGGGGUUAUUUCUGGGCUUCUUAUUGUCUUUCAUUGGUCUGUAUGUCUAACCUUAUACCAUACUGUGUUGGUUUCUGUAGCUUUGUAGUAAGUUUCAGAAUCAGGAAGGGUGAAACUCGAAAUUUGCACUUCUUUUUCAGGACUGUUUUGGUUCUUCCAGGCCUCUUAACACUCUUCAUGAAUUUGAGAACUGGCUUCUCCACUUCUGCAAAAGGGACUAUGAUAAUUUUGACAGGGAUUUCAUUGAAUCUGUAGAUCAUUUUGGGUAGUACUGCCAUCUUAAUAUUAAUAUUCUGAUCCAUGAACAUGGGAUAUUUCCACUUAUUUGUCUUAAUUGCUUUCAGCAAUGUCUUACAGUUUUCAGCAUACAAGUCUUUUAUCUCCUUGGUUAAACUUACCCCUAGGUUUUUGGGUUUUUUUAAUGUUAUUGUAAAUGGAAUUGUGUUCCUGAUUUCCUUUUGAGAUUGUUUAUUUUUAGUGUUUGGAAACAAAACUAAUUUUUUAGUGUUUAUUUAGUUAUCCUGCAACUUUACAGGAUUAGUUUUAUAACUUUGAAUUUACUAGUUCUAACAGUAUUUUGUGGAAUCUUUAGAGUUCCUAAGUCUUUUUGAUUUUACAUAAUAUCUUGCUAUCUAUGAACAGAGAUAAUUUUACUUCUUCCUAAUUUGGAUGCUAUUUGCUUGUUUACGCAGGUAUGUCUGGUUGCUCCUGCUAGAACUUCCAAUACUGUGUUGAGUAGAAGUGGUGAAAGUGGCAGUGGCAUCUUUCUCCUUUCUGAUCUCAGGGGAAAAGUUGUUUUGGGUUUUGUGCAUGUGUUUGUGAUAUAUAUUUUUUUUAAUCUUUUCACCAUUAAGUAUGUUUGCUUUGGGCUUUUCAUCUGUGGCAUUUACUAUGCUGAAAAAGUUUCUAUUUCUAAUUUCUUGAAUUUUGAGACAGGGAGUGUGCAUGCAAGUGGAGGAGGUGCGAAGAGAGAAGGCAGAGAGAGAAUCCCAAGCAGGCUGUGCCCUGCCAGCACAGAGCCAGACUUGGGGCUCAUACUUACCAUCUGUGAGAUCAUGGCCUGGGCUGAAAUCAAGAACCAGAUGCUUAACUUACUGAACCACCCAGGUGCCCCCCUAUGGAGGAUUUUUAUCAUGAAAACAUGUUGAAUUUUAUCAAAUGCUUUUUCUGCAUCAGUUGAGAUGAUCCUGUGGGUUUUUCCCCCUUUGUUGGUGUGAUGUCUCACCCUGAUUGAUUUUCAGACCAAACCAUCCUUGCAUUUCAGGAACAAACUCCAUUUCAUCAAGGUGUAGAAUCUUUUUAACACGCUGGUGAAUUUAGUUUCCUGGAAUUUUGCUGAGAAUUUUGCAUCAAGGUUCAUGAGGGAUACUGUUUUGUAGUUUUCCUUUGUUGUUGUUGUUGUUUUUUUUUUUUUAUGUAGGCUCCACACCUAAUGUGGGGCUCAAAUUCAUGACCCUGAGAUCAAAAGUCACAUGUUCUACCAACUGAGCCAGCCAGGUCCCCCUGUUUUGUAGUCUUCUUGUAGAGUCUUUGUCUGGCUUUGGUAUCAGGGCAAUGAUGGCUUCAGGGAGUGUCAGGAAGCAUUCCCUCCUCUUCAACAUUUGGGAAGAAUUUAAGGAUUGCUGUUAAUUUUUCCCUAAAUGUGUGGUAAAAUUCACCAGCCAUCUGGUCAUGGGCUUUUCUUUUUGGGAGGCUUUUGAUUAUUGACUCACUCUCUGUAAUAAUUACAGGUAUAUUAAGAUGUCCUGUUUCUUUGUAAUUCAGUUUGGGCAGGUUGCGGGUUGUGUGUGUGUGGGUUUGUCCACUUCAUCUAGGUUGUCCAAUGUGUUGGUGCACAACUAGUGUAGGUUUUAAAGCUGUGAACCAGGUAGACGCGUCCCACCUUCCAGGAGUUCAUAUGGCAGAGAUGACAGACAGGAGAUACUACUUCAAGGCUGGAU